AUGACCUCGCCGCCAGCCCAUUACUAUGCUCCUCUCGUGGCGACCGUGGAGAUCGAACACUUCCGCUUUGGUCGCUGGGCGUUGCUCACGUUUCCCUUUCAGGCGCUUGUUUGGCGUACGUUGUUGGCGGCACUGUUGCUCCAUUGGAGCAUUUACUUGUGGCGCUGGCGGGAAAUGGCAGCAGAGGUGUUGGAGCUGCUGCUGGGCGUGGCAUUGGUGCGUCCACCACGCUGCUGGAUGCAGCGCAUCAUCUAUGUCCACUGGCUGUUUGGCAGCAUUCCAUUGCGAAUUGUCUAUCAAUCGCUAUUGUUCCACUUUAUGCGUCUGCAAUUGUUCGAGACGCUGCCCAGUUCAUUUGAGCAGCUGCUGGGGAAUGACUUUAAGGCGAUGUGCACCUCCAAUACGCUGCAAAUGUUACGCGAGAUGCCGCAGGUGGCACGCAACUUGGAGAGCUUCACAGACGUUGCCUCGUCAUACGAUGAAGAUGUUCUGGAUGCACUGCAUCGGGCCAAUGGACGUCGCAUGUUUGCCAUAACCGGCAUUGAUGUGACCAAGGCGCAUCUGCGAGACACGAAUCGUCAGGCCAAUUAUCACACAUUGCAGCAGCUCGUCAAUGUGCAGCAGGUGGUCAUUUAUCUGCCCAAGCAUUCGUAUUUCCACAAACAAUUCACGGAUCUCAUACGACGUCUCGAUGCCAGCGGAUUCAUCGCCUUCUGGCGUCGCUCGGCCUUUGCUGAAUACGGCCAACGGCACAAUCAGGGACAGAAUCAGGAUCAGGAGCAACUGCAUCAGAUUCAACAGCGUCGCAUUCAUGAAACUCAGCUGAGUGCCAUCUACAGCGUUAUGGGCGCUCUUUACGGCAUUGCAUCCCUGGUUUUCUGUGCGGAGCUGCUGCUUUAUCGACUGAUCAAUCCAACAGCUGCUAACUCAUAA